AUGAUCCGGCAGUUCCAGGCCUGCUGUCUUGUCCCGCUGUUCCUGGUUGGCUUUGCUCAGCAGACCCUAAAGCCUCAAAAUAGGAAGGUGGAUUGCAACAAAGGGGUGACAGGCACCAUCUAUGAGUACGGAGCCCUCACCCUUAACGGCGAAGAGUACAUCCAGUUCAAGCAGUUUGCAGGCAAGCACGUCCUGUUUGUCAAUGUAGCCACCUACUGAGGCUUGGCAGCUCAGUAUCCUGAACGGGAUGCGCUACAGGAGCUGAAGAAUUUUGAUGCCAUUAUGUUGGCCUUUCCCUGCGACCAGUCUGGAAAACAAGAACCAGGAACAAACUCAGAAAUACUUCUUGGCCUCAAGUAUGUGCGUCCAGGUAGUGGCUUUGUCCCUAAUUUCCAGCUCUUUGAGAAAGGGGAUGUGAAUGGAGAUGAACAGAAGGUCUUUACUUUCCUGAAGAACUCCUGCCCUCCAACCUCUGAUCUUUUGGGCUUAUCAAGCCAACUCUUCUGGGAGCCCAUGAAGGUCCAUGACAUCCACUGGAACUUUGAGAAAUUUCUGGUGGGGCCCGAUGGAGUCCCUGUCAUGCGCUGGUUCCACCGGGCUCCAGUCAGCACAGUCAAGUCAGACAUCCUGGAGUACCUAAAGCAGUUCAGUGCCCACUAG